UUUUAUAAAUACGCUAUUCACAGACAUCAAGCAGUACAGUUCUCGUUUACUAGUUGCCGUAGCACAAGACAAUAUUGAAGAAAUCAUGAGCCGAUUUGUCGUAUUUGUCUCGAUGGCGUUGACGUCGGUGGCGUUGGCCGCCGCCCAGCAGAACGCCGCCAUACUGACUGAUGCCCGGUAUCUAUCCAACAACGGUCAGUUUGGCGCCGCUUACACGCAGGGCGAUGGUGUGCAGUUUAAGGAGGAAGCGGAUGCUGAGGGUAACAGACGAGGCUCCUACAGUUACGUAGACCCCAACGGCCAAAGGCGGACAGUCAGCUACACUGCCGGCAAGGACGGUUUCAAGGCCACCGGUGACCAUUUGCCGGUAGCCCCAACUCCGGUUCCGGUACCUGCUGUUCACGCUGCGCCCGCGCCUAAGUCGGCUUCAUGGCAAGACCAAUGGUCUCAACCACCAGCGGUGCCUAACCAAUGGAACCAAUGGAACUCAGCACCCACACCUAAGUAUGACGAUGGACAAUGGAACCAAUGGAGCUCAGAAACCGGAUCGGAUUCCGAUGAUGGUCAAUGGAACAAAUGGAGCUCAGAAGUUGCAUCAUCGAAAUCCGAUGAUGACGGUCAAUGGAACCAAUGGAGUUCAGAAUCGUCUAACGACGGUCAAUGGAACCAAUGGAACUCCGCUCCAUCGACUGCGGCGCCAAAACACAGUCAAUGGAACCAAUGGAACUCUAUUCCAACCACUGCCAAAUGGAAUCAAUGGAACUCUGCCCCGACACCACCACCCUCGUCAUACAACGUCAACCAUGCUUCCGGCAAAUUUAACUUGAACAGAUCUCCAGAUGGCUUCAGCUACACGUUCAGUCAAAACUGAUGCGCACCUAUAGCUAAGCCCUAAGAAAACUACUAAAUGUAACAUAUUGUUCUUUUAUCGAUUUGUUUUUA